AUGCGCUCCGCCGCUGUCCUGGCGCUUCUGCUCUGCGCCGGCCAAGCCAUUGCCCUCCCUGUGAACAGCCCGAUGAAUAAAGGGGACACUGAGGUGAUGAAGUGCAUCGUUGAGGCCAUCUCUGACACGCUUUCCAAGCCCAGCCCCAUGCCUGUCAGUCAGGAGUGUUUUGAGACCCUCCGAGGAGAUGAACGGAUCCUUUCUAUCCUGCGACACCAGAAUUUACUGAAGGAGCUCCAGGACCUCGCUCUCCAAGGUGCCAAGGAGAGGUCACAUCAGCAGAAGAAACACAACAGUUUUGAGGAUGAACUCUCAGAGGUCCUUGAGGACCAGAGUGACAAGACCGAGAUGAAGGAGGUGACGGGGGAGGCAUCCUCCAAGGAUGUGGAGAAAAGAGGGGAUUCUGAAGAGGCAGAGGACCGUGAUGAAGCCACAGAGGAAAUCAGGCCCCAGGCCUCCCCGGUGCCCGGGCAGGGGUCCGAGGUGGAGAACAACCAGGUCCCUGAGGAGGAGGAGGCUGCAAACACCCACCCCACAGCCAGCCUCCCUGGCCAGAAACACCCCGGCCCACAAGCCGAGGAGGACACUGAGAGCCCCCCACAGGGUCUGGUGGACAGAGAGAAGGACCUGGGUGCAGGGCCAGGGCAGCAGGCAAAGAGCGAGGAGGAAAAGGAGGUGGAAGCGGAGGUGGAGGCUGGAGGGAACGCUGUCUCCGAGGAAGAAGGCCCCACUUUGGCUCUGAACCCCCACCUGAGCCUCAGCUACAAGGAGACCCGGAGGGGCGACAGUCAGUCUGAGGCCCUAGCUCUGGAGGGAGCUGGGAAGACUGGGGCUGAGGAGGCUCAGCACCCCCGACCCAAGGGGAAGGGAGAGCCGGAGUCGUCCUCCUCCUCCUCCGAGGAGAUGGCGGGGGCCCCCGAAGGCCCCUUCCGGGGUGGGAAGAGCGGGGAGCUGGAGCAGGAGGAGGAGAGCCUCUCCAAGGAGUGGGAGGACACCAAGCGGUGGAGCAAGAUGGACCAGCUGGCCAAGGAGCUGACGGCCGAGAAGCGGCUGGCAGGGGAGGACAUGGAGGAGGACGACCCUGACCGCGCCAUGAAGCUCUCCGUCCGGGCCCGGUCCUAUGGCUUCGGGGGUCCUGGGCCGCAGCUGCGCCGAGGCUGGCAGCCGUCCUCCCGGGAGGACAGCGUCGAGGCGGAGCAGAAGAAGGAGGAGGAGGGCAGCGCCAACCGCAGACCAGAGGACCAGGAACUGGAGAGCCUGUCGGCCAUCGAGGCGGAGCUGGAGAAGGUGGCCCACCAGUUGCAGGCCUUGCGGCAGGGCUGA